AUGCCCAAGCAACAGGUCUACCAUCUUCACCCACUUGGCUGGGAAAAUGACCCUGAAGAGGAGAGGUUCAAGGUCACCACCCUCGACUACCUCACCGUCUGCAGCUACAACAACUACGCUCUGUUCUUCAGGCUAGAGGACUCGGAGAAAGAAAGAGCCGUUGAGAUCCUCAAGGCUGGACUGGAGAGGACUCUGGCUCAGGCUAGGCACUACUGUGGAACCAUUGAGAAGGAUCCUGGUGGUGGUCACUCUUUCACCAAGAAGAAGGGCAGUACCGUUCGUUUCUUUGUUCAGUGGCUUGAUGCACCUGAGGAUGCGGAGAAGUACCCUUCUUUUGAGGAUCUCGAGAAGACGAACUUUAGCGCUGUGACGCUUGGCGAUCUUGAGCAAUGGAGUGUACCGCCCAUGACAUAUGGUGAGAAGCCUGAAGCCCAUCCUGACAACAGUCCCGUCGUGUCAGCCUUCAAGGCCAACUUUAUUCGUGGUGGUCUUGUCUUCAACAUUCAUCAUCACCACUACACCAACGAUGUAAUGGGCUGGGCUGGCUUCGUUCAUCAGCUAGCUGAGAACUGCUACGCUGAUGUUAAUGGCACCAAGCAUCCAAUCUGGGAUCCUCUCAACCUCGAUGUCUCGCGCCUUAUCAAGCAAGAACCUCCAGAGGACCAGAAGAUCGACGGCCCAGCUCCCCCAGAGCGCCAUCCCGCUCAUCAAGUCGGCGUGUCUCUGCUGUUCCAUCUUCCCAAGAGCAAAGCAGCCGAACUCAAGUCCAAGGCCACUCCGACCGACGGAACAUGGAUCUCGACAUACGAUGCCUUCUCAGCCUUCAUCUGGCGUAACCUCACCCGCAUUCGAGCGCCUGUCUUCAACCCCGAUCCGAAGUCGACUCUAUACUGGUGUGAAGCGAUCGACAUGAGACGACGAAUGCACAGUCCAAAGGUGCCACCACGCAUCCAGCACAACGUCAUGUUUGCAGUAACAUCUCCCACAGCGCCUGUCACGCAGCCAACUGUUGCACAGAUCAUGUCGGAGUGGUCGCUCUCAGAGUUGGCGUCGUAUAUCCGCCGAUUGACCAACAGCGUCACGCAAGAGAAUCUUGACAAAACGCUCGCGAUGGUCGCUACUGUUCGCGACAAGACUUCAUUGAACACUCGAGUCGACGCACAGCCCCCAUUGUCGAUUCUCCAGACCGACCAUCGAGAUGCAAACAUCACUUCGGCCAACUUUGGCUUCGCGAAGCCAGCUACAUAUCGUCACCUGCUCGAUCGCAUCACAGAAGGUGUCAUAAUUAUCUACCCGCCUCGCGACCCAUCGCCUGAGUCAGAUGAGGGCUGUGAGUUUGCCAUCUUCUAUGAGAAGAGGUUGGCUCAAGAUCUGAUCGAUGAUCGUGAAUGGAGUGAAUAUUUCGAGUAUAGAGGUGUUGAUGCUGAGGAUGCUUCUCAGGGGAAGAAGGCAAAUGGCACCAAUGGUACGAACGGAGUGAAUGGCACGAAUGGUGUGAAUGGUACGAACGGAGUGAAUGGUACGAACGGAGUGAAUGGUACGAACGGAGUGAAUGAUGCAGAUAUAUGUAGUCGCCCUAUAUGA